GUCCCGCUUCGGCCGCCGUCGGCUUCCCUUUCGGCCCCGUCCUCCGCCUCCCGGCGCGUCCGCUUGGCCCACCGCUCCGGCCCCGCCCGCCAUAUUGCCGCCGCCGCCGCCUUUGGAGGGAAGAGAGAGCGACGGACGCACGCAGGCAUGGAAACCAUGGCGAGCCCAGCAAAAGAGAACAAUUACAGAAUGAAGAGCUACAAAAACAAGGCACUGAACCCCGAGGAGAUGCGCCGGAGGAGAGAAGAAGAAGGGAUACAGCUACGCAAACAGAAGCGGGAGCAGCAGCUCUUUAAACGAAGAAAUGUGGAGCUAAUUAAUGAAGAUGCUGCUAUGUCUGACAGUCCUCAUGUGGACUCAUUUGUCAGUUCCACCACAGGUGGGGAAGGUGUAAUCACAAGGGAGAUGGUGGAAAUGCUGUUCUCAGAGGACCCUGAUCUUCAGCUACUAACUACCCAGCGCUUCAGGAAACUGCUUUCAAAAGAGCCCAAUCCUCCAAUAGAUGAAGUGAUCAAUACUCAGGGUGUGGUGGACAGGUUUGUGGAGUUCCUCAAAAAAAGUGAAAACUGCACAUUGCAGUUUGAAGCUGCAUGGGCAUUAACAAACAUUGCCUCGGGCACUUCACUACAAACCAAAAUAGUAAUAGAAGCUGGAGCAGUUCCAAUCUUCAUUGAAUUGUUGAGCUCUGAUUUUGAAGAUGUCCAAGAGCAGGCUGUUUGGGCACUGGGGAACAUUGCUGGAGACAGUUCUGCCUGCCGUGAUUACGUCCUCAACUGUGGCAUCCUCCCUCCCUUGUUGUUACUCCUCACAAAAUCCACCAGGUUGACAAUGACACGAAAUGCUGUCUGGGCCUUGUCAAACUUGUGCAGAGGGAAAAAUCCACCCCCUGAAUUUGAGAAGGUGUCAUCGUGUUUGCCAGUCUUGUCACGCUUACUCUUCAGCAGUGACUCGGACUUGCUGGCGGAUGCAUGCUGGGCCCUCUCCUACCUGUCGGAUGGCCCCAAUGAGAAAAUCCAGGCUGUAAUAGAUUCAGGGGUGUGUCGGCGACUGGUGGAACUGCUGAUGCACAGUGAUUACAAGGUGGCCUCCCCAGCUUUGCGAGCUGUUGGCAACAUUGUGACGGGGGAUGAUAUCCAGACCCAGGUGAUCCUGAAUUGCUCAGCUUUGCCUUGUCUCCUUCAUCUACUCAGCAGCUCCAAAGAGUCUAUCCGGAAAGAAGCUUGCUGGACGAUCUCCAACGUCACAGCGGGGAACAGUGCUCAGAUACAGGCAGUCAUAGAUGCCAACAUUUUCCCAGUGCUGAUCGAGAUCUUGCAGAAGGCUGAAUUUCGCACAAGAAAAGAAGCUGCUUGGGCAAUCACAAAUGCGACAUCGGGAGGAACCCCAGAGCAGAUCAAGUAUUUAGUCAACCUUGGCUGCAUCAAACCCCUGUGUGACCUUCUGACUGUCAUGGACUCCAAGAUCGUUCAAGUGGCCCUGAAUGGCCUGGAGAACAUCUUGCGACUGGGCGAGCAGGAGGCCAAGCAGAAUGGCUCUGGCAUCAACCCCUAUUGCAGCCUUAUUGAGGAAGCGUAUGGCUUGGAUAAAAUAGAGUUUCUCCAGAGCCAUGAAAACCAAGAGAUCUACCAGAAAGCCUUUGAUCUGAUUGAGCACUACUUUGGCAUUGAUGACGAUGACUCCACUUUGGCUCCCCAGGUAGACGAGACCCAGCAGCAGUUUAUCUUCCAGCAACCAGAGGCCCCCAUGGAAGGCUUCCAGCUAUAACGUGUGUGCAGAGUGGGGGAAGGGGGGAGAACAUCGUAACUUUGUUGGAAAGUUAACUGCAGAGAGCCUUCACACCCCCAGCCGUGUUCUCUUCUCAGCCAAACAGAAGGCUGCAAAGUGCCCACUCCACCUGUUACAAAACAGCUUUCUCCUUCACUGACACAUGGCAGCAGUAGUUCGUGCUCAUGAUGAAGAAGAAGCAGAAGAAGAGAGAUUCUUACACACAAUACAUUUUUUUCCUUUUUGCUGCUGCACAUGUGUGUCAAAAAAGCAGGUGCUGAGGUGGAUGAAAGUGGAGGUGUAAAUCAGUUACACCUUCUAGUGUGUGGUUUUCCUCUGGGGUUUUUUGUGUUGGUUUUUUCUCAAAUUGUAUCUUCACUUGGGUACUUGAGAAAUGACUUUUUUUCCAGUGGGAGAAGGCAAAAUAACGUAGAUCACAACCAAGGAAUUUAAUCCUGGAUGCUUGGGUUCAACUAUUUAAAAAAAAUUCUUUUUUGCACAUCUUGAUUUUUAUUAAAGACUCUUGAUUGAUCUGCCAAAAGCAGCACUUUGGCCCUCAUUGUUCUGUGUCGUGUCCCCCCCCCCCCGGAAACCCUCUUGCCAAACAGCACCUUUCCAAGGGAUUUGGGCCAAGUUGCUGCUGCUCCUGCCCCCUCCUCAAAAAUAUUCCUGUACCCAGAUGCAGGAAAAGUUGGACAGCCCCAUCCCACCAGGCAUCGGAAAGACUGUCCUUCAUGGAGGGAUUCUUUUUUGAACUGCUUCAGAAUUCAAACAGUGCAGCAGUUCCCACUGUCUCCUGGAGGCCCAGUCUAAGGAAGAGGAAGAGGCCUAGGAUAAAAGGACUCAAAGCACAGCUAACCAUGAAGGUGGGCUUCUCUUACAUUUGCUACUGACUGAAGUGUUGAACUGGUGGAGGAAACCUCAUCCUGCAUCUUUACUUGAAGAAAAAUUUCAAAACUUAUUGAAGCCUUUUGGUUCCAUGUCAUUUAUUUUGAAAGAGAUUCUUUCCCUUUUUAGGGUCUAGGCUGGCUGGGGUGGGGACAAACCUGACACGUUUCCUGGAGCAGGUCUUGUGCCUGCACUUGGUGCACAAUCUGCUCUCAGCUCAAAGAGUCAAGUGGCCUGUGUUUUCUCAGAAUUACCUCCUGCUCAACUGUGUCGUAUACAUUCUACUUCAAAAUGAAGAAGAGAAAGCUCUGUAUUUUUUAUAUAUUAUAUAUACACGUAGAUAUUUGUCUAAUUUGGUCUCCAGAGGGGGGAAACUAUAAUUCUUCUAAGGUAUAUAUAUAGGAUACUGUGUGGCAGGCCUGCCUAGGAACACAUGGCCAUGGAAACCUCUUUGGUUAUCUUGAGUUCUCCUUUUACCUACUGUAGGAAGUGCCAGAUUAGUUGAACUCCCUUUACCAGGUAUAGAUUACUUGGCCAAGGCAAACUAUAAGCUUAUUUCUGUGAUGGGGAAUGGCCCCUUCAGAUUGCUUAAAUGCUUACGGUAUGCACAUAUCCCCUCCCCCUUUUCUUCUCACUCUCCGACAUUUGAAUUCAGGGUUCCCAAAGCAUUCAAGAAGAGACAUUCAGGCAGGUGUGAAGCUGGAUGCGAAACCUUGGGCUGCAUUUUGUAAUAGAGAUUUGCUCUUUGUUGUUUAAAAGGGAAAAAAAUGAAACAAAUGCCAAGGAAACUAAUAAACUACAUCUGUGCAUUCAGUGAUUGCAAUCCAGAUAAGACUGGAGUGAAGACUCUUUUCCUUAACAUAACACUAGCAAUAUCCAGGAUCCAAUGUGCAAGAUGGCAUGGAUGCUUUUAUUUGUGUCUUGCAAUGACCCUGCAAGGUAGGUUAACAUCAUUUUUACCGUUGAAGGGGAAUGGAGGCAAAGUACUCCUGACUGAGGCCACAGUGUUUUCUUGAUGCAGCUGCGGCUUUGAACCUACUCGGCAGUCAUAGGUGGGUUGGCACUCUUCACUGCCGGGCAGCAUUGCUUUCUACAGUUGGUCGCAUAGUUUUAAAAAUUAUUAUUAUUAUUAUUAUUAUUAUUAUUAUUAUUAUUAUUAUUAAUUAAACUAAUUACUGAUUUUAGAGAUGCUUGCAUAGAGAGCAUUGAAUUGAAGGACCCCCACUGUACAGGCAUAGAUCAGGGCAUAUAAAGGGGUGGGGGAUAAGGAGAGCUUCACUAUUUCCAGCAAAUAUACGGGGUUCUUAGUUCUUGCUACAAGAAAGAAAGUUAAACAAGAAUUCUGCCUGUUGAAAUAACCCAAAAAGUUCAUAAAAAGUGCCUCUCCUGGUUCUCAGUCUAGGUUAUACAAGCCGUGUUGCAGCAUGUAGAUGAGUCUGCUUUACUGACACACCAACCUCAUCCUCCUGGUGCAGUUUUUCCUUUUUUGUUUUUGUUUCCAUGUAAUAUAAUUUGGAGUGGGAAACUUGUGGCUCUCCAGAUGUUUGGACUACAGCUCCCAUCAUCCCUGACAAUUGGCCAUGCUUUCUUGGUUUGGUAGGAGCUUGAGUCCAAUGCUGUCCAAAGGGUGACAAGUUUCCCGAUUUAAAUGAACCAAAGGCUCAAGCACAAGCAAAGCAAUAUGAAUGCCUAGACAUAUUCCUGCAAAAGGGUUAGUACAAGUUAAAAUUGAAUGUGGGGAAUGUGUACCGUGCAGGUGCAAGUUCUUAGUUAACAUGUUCUUCUAGGGUCCAGCUAAAGUGGAAAAGUUCAAGAAGAGGAGGAGCCAAAAGCUGCUGUUCUCUGAGCUGUGCUAAUGAAGUGGCCCUGCAUCCCUUCUUUCCAUUAUUUUAUUUUGACCUGAUGUUGUGGCUGCUAUGAAGUGGCAGAAGGGAAAGAAGCUGGCUUGUUAACAGAACUGGUGGUGACCUUCUCUUGCUUCUUACUUAACUACAUCCUCGUCUCUCUGAAUUUGUACUGGUCUGAUGUCGUCCUGUGACCACAGGCUGAGCUGCUAGGGGAUGCAAGAGGAACAUGGAGUGAUCUGAGGCCUGGAAGCUGGCCUUUGCAGGAAUCCACCUUAGCGCCCAAAUGGGUCACCAAGGGAGAGGGAGGUGCCACUAUAAUGUGCUUGGGAGGGGGAACUUCCUCCCUGCUGCUCUUGUUCCCAGCUACUGAGGGAAGCUUUUCCAGUCAGGUGUGUGAGAGAAUUUGAGGUGCAUGGAGAGAGAUUGUCCUUUUGAUGGGAAGUUGCAUGGGUGGGUGGAGAUAUUAUGACCUUUUAUGUAGAUUUAGAAGCUGAGAAAGAAAAAGCACAUUAUGGUUAUUGGGAGGGAAACUGAGGCAAGGAGAUGGGGGUUGGGAGCAGAGUGAACGAGGGGAGGAAGCCCCAGGUACCUCGAUUAUGCAAAUAUAAGUGGAUUUAUACAUCUUUUAUCUAUAUGCUUAUGUCUCUGUACAAUCUUUGUAAUACACGCAGCUGAUGGUAUGAAAUUCCUGUGCCACACAACUCCUACCUAUAUUCUUUCCCCACUUGUUAAGAAUUCCAGUCAGGCAAGGGCUGAUUUUAAUAUGUCUGUUUACAACUAAUAACUAUACUGCCUUGUCUCAAAUACAAGCAUAUCAACAAAGGCAACUGUUGCUCACAUUGAGAAAUUUAGGUGGGGCUGAAUGAUAUGCAUCCAAUAACCAAGCUCUUCUGUUCUCUCACCCUCCUAAUAAGACGUUAGCUACACGAGGGGCAAAUGUACUUUCCCUUACAAUCCCAAUGAUGUGAAAGUAGAGUUGGUCCGCUUUGUUUGCUUUAAAUAUAUUCAUGAAAAUAUGCAGACUCCUUGAACCUUAAGUAGGUAUCCAGGUCUACUUGGUCUGUAAAAAAUAUGUACAAUUCCCUUGCCAACUCAUCUACCUCUUGUUCUGAAGAAUACUGUUUUUUGGAAAAGGACAAGGCCACUGUGACCAGGACCUGGACUACUGAAAGCAUAAGUUCUGAAAUUAUGUGACCCAUCACAUCUCAAAGGACAUAAUCAGAAAUAGAUGCUUCUUUUAAGGCAGGCUUUGCCCACCUGGUGCCCUCCUCAGAUGUUAUUCCACUGCAGCUCCCAUCAACCCUAGCCAGUACUGAAUGGUGCUGAUAGUUGUGGUCCAGUCCAGCAACUUCUAGAGGACACCAGGUGGAUGAAAGCCGCUUUAAACCUUCCAGCGAGUAAUUGUGAUGCAACUUUGUUGUGGUGAUAGAAAACUUGGUUUAUAUCUCUUAGCAUGAUUUUUUUUAAAAUCAAAUUAGUGUGAGGCAUAAUGUAUAUGCCCCUUAUUUGAACAUCUUGGUGAAGGAUCUUAUUACAGCUGAUCUGAUUUCUCAAAGCAGACAAAGCUAGAAGUAUUUGGUGGUGUUAUUGUUGUUUUUACUAUGGAAGUGUCAUUUGGCUAAUUUGUCAUCAAACUGGGGCAGAAAACUUAUUACUGUAUUAUUACUGUGUAGAAGACUAAAUUCUUUUGAUAACAAAAAGCCCAAGACCUCUGAUUAAUAGAAGGAAAGGGGACUGCAAUAUAUAAUGUUCCAAGGAUUAAGUUAGAGGUUGUUGACUGUCAUUUUAGGUUGAUAUUUGGAUUUCUGAGUGACAUGGGUGCCAUCCCCUCUGGCCACUUUUACCCAGAUCUCUUAUAAAAGCAACUGUGUGUAUUCAUGUAUGCACUUCCUCUCUGUGAGGGAGCGGCCUAAUCCAGGGGAAAAGUUGGAUCCAGUAGAACUAAUCUAGUCCUUGAAAAUCUCAGAGUAUGUAUCACUGUUCCAGUUUCCUCCUUCAGCUCUGCACUUUUUAGGGGGGGGGAGUUCACCAUCCACAUAACCACAGAACAUAAAGUGGCUUCAUAGGAGGGUUGCUAUGUUGGUGAACUGAAUUAAUGUAGAACGGUGAUAAUAUACUUGAGAUUUCCAACUGAAAUCUAGAACAAUUAUUUCUGGCAUGGAUAGUCUAGUAAAUUUAAGGAAACCUAAUUCCUACCUAGAAUCAUAGAAUCAUAGAGUUGGAAGAGACCACAAGGGCCAUCCAGUCCAACCCCCUGCCAAGCAGGAAACACCAUCAAAGCAUUCCUGACAGAUGGCUGUCAAGCCUCUGCUUAAAGAAGCUUUACCUAGAAGCCUACCUAGAAGCUUUAUACUGCUAUAUGGAUAAAACUAGACUAAUGCACUGCAAUGUGCACUUUUAUUUCUCUCUGGGGUUUUAACAAUAUAUCUGCUCGCCUUUCAGACAGAAUAAAUCACGUUGAUGAAAACAACAUAAUUAGCAAACAGGAUAAAAUAAGGGAAUGCAAUAAUAACUGCAUUAAUCUGAUAAGUUUUGUAGAAUUGGUGCUACUUGUGCAACCAUGCUUUUUUUACUGUCCAUAUGUUUAAUUCAGAUUUCCUCAUACGGCAGAAAACCUGUUAAGUAAAAAUAUGGUGCACAUUAGAAGUCAUGGAUGUGGUGGAAGCUUAUUAGCAUUUUAAAAUUUUAAUUAAUUUAUUUUUGAGUGAGUUGCUUGUCACGCCCAUUUGCUCCUUGCCUGAAUAGCCCAACAACAUCUGCUAGCCUUUUUUUCAAUUGCUGCGUGUUGGACUCUCAUUAUUCAAGUUACAGGUAGGUAGCCGUGUUGGUCUGAGUCGAAGCAAAAUAAAAAAACCUAAGUUUUUAUUUUGGUAUGAGCUUUCGUGGGCAUGCACACUUCUUCAGAUACAGU